AUGACUGAGGCUCUCUGUCGAUUACGAAUCAACGAGAUUAUCAUUAAGAGCGUCGAUAGAGAACAAGCCCGAGCUUGGUCAAAGAUUGACGAUAAAGCGCUGGUCAAACUGAAUGUAGAGAAUAACCUGCAACUUGAUAUCUACUUCCGCGGAGAAAAGAGGCGUCUGAAUGGCUGUCAUAUUGGAGGCCAAGAAGCGGUACUCCCAGUUAGAGGGACUUCCACAGUGCCUCACUUAUAUAGUGGUCGACGUGCGACCUGCAGUGGGAAAAGACCAGGGACCGUCGAGAAGACCAGGGACCGUCGAGACGACCAAGUCUGGACACACCUGUGUCAGAUCCUCCAGGCCGCAUCAGAAUCGACACCCAGAUGUUCGGUUAAGGGGCCAGUUCGGCGAAUUAUCGACAGGAGCGAUCAUGGAACGCCGUACUGGCGUUACCAAUCUGGGUCCUCGAGGGACCAUGACAGCGACCAUGAAAUGUCCUGA